CUAAUCAGGCACUACAAAUACCUGUAGAAAGGUUUUGAAGAUGAAGUUAAAAAAGCUGCUGUUGUUCUUAAAGGGUUUUUCAGAGUCGGAGAGGAACAAACUGGCUAUGUUGACUGGUGUUCUUCUGGCUAAUGGAACACUUAAUGCAUCCAUUCUUAAUAGUCUUUAUAAUGAGAAUUUGGUUAAAGAAGGAGUUUCAGCAGCCCUUGCUGUAAAACUCUUUAAAUCAUGGAUAAAUGAAAAAGACAUCAAUGCAGUAGCUGCAAGUCUUCGGAAAGUCAGCAUGGAUAACAGACUGAUGGAACUUUUUCCUGACAAAAAGCAAAGCGUUGAAUAUUUCACAAAGUAUUUUACUGAGGCAGGCUUGAAAGAGCUUUCAGAGUAUGUUUGGAAUCAACAGACCAUAGGAGCUCGCAAGGAGCUCCAGAAAGAACUUCAAGAACAGAUGUCUCAUGGCAAUCCAUUUAAGGAUAUAAUUCUAUAUGUUAAGGAGGAGAUGAAAAGAAACAACAUCCCAGAACCAGUUGUCAUUGGGAUAGUCUGGUCAAGUGUAAUGAGCACCAUGGAGGGGAACAAAAAAGAGGAGCUUGUAGCAGAGCAAACCAUCAAGCACUUGAAGCAAUACAGCACUCUACUUGCUGCCUUUACUACUCAAGGUCAGUCUGAACUGACUCUGUUAUUGAAGAUUCAGGAGUAUUGCUAUGACAACAUUCAUUUCAUGAAAGCCUUCCAGAAAAUAGUGGUGCUUUUUUAUAAAGCUGAAGUCCUGAGUGAAGAGCCCAUUCUGAAGUGGUAUAAAGAUGCACAUGUUGCAAAGGGGAAAAGUGUCUUCCUUGAACAAAUGAAAAAGUUUGUAGAAUGGCUCAAAAAUGCUGAAGAAGAAUCUGAGUCUGAAGCUGAAGAAGGUGACUGAAUUUUGAAACUACAUCCUCAGUACAGCAAACAGGAGUUGUAGAUAAAAUGUCAUGUCUCAUGUGUCCUGGUUCUUACAUCUUCCUACCUCCCUAUAUCAAGCAUGAUAUAAGGGCUUUCAUGGCAAAUUUUAUUUUAACUGUUUCUAUGGUUACUGGAAAUGUUGGGUUUAGUUU